CCUCUCCCCAUUAAGGGUGAGAAAACAUGGCGGAAAGGAGCUGUGGAGGCUGCAUCGGUUGAGCUGCCGGCCGUGAAACAACAACAAUAAAAGAGGGCCACCAUUCACCACGGGAGGGGGUCGCAAGGACACUACCGUACGAGGGGAGGCGAGGUUAUCUCUCCGACCGGCGGAUCCAUCCGGCUGCAUUCGGUCCCCGUGAAGGAGCGAGAGACAUAGAGGGAGAGAGAGAGAGAGAGAGAGAGAGAGAGAGAGAGACACGGAAACUAGCCGAACAUGAACGGGGUAAGUUUUAUGUUGUCGGGGGGCUCCACCGGGGAGGAAAAGCAAGACCAGCGUGUUUUUGUAUUAAAACGUUGACUUCGUUAAAUGUAACAGUUUUUUCUUUUUAAAAACUUUCGUAGUUACAGGAGCUACACGCGAGCUAACAUUAGCUCAUCUUCACACGCGCGUGACGUUCUACGGACAUAAACGUGAUCUGCGGCAUCACGUGACCGCAGAGAAACACGUGGGAGUUCUUUCUGUUCUUUGCGGCUGUUGAAGCGAUUUGAGCAGUAAAUGAUGAGCCAGGAGGCCUGUGGAUUUAAAGGGACUGAUGGGGGAGUUGAUGUGGGAGUGUGCAGCCAGCAUGCACCCCCCCCUCCCCCCUCCACUGCCCCACCCACACCAGCUCCAGGGCCCCACCCACACCAGCAAUGCACUGGACAUCUCAGCACUGUGCUUGUUUGUGGUUAACUGAAGGAAAGGUUCCCUUUCAUGUGAAACACAUUGAUGCAGAACCACAGGGAUGUCCUUACAGACUCUUCUCACAUCUGUGUUCAUCGCUGCUUUGCUUCAGUGAGCCGACCGUAUGCAGCAGCCACUCCGUCACCGUGCUGAGCCGCUCCAGGUCCAUCUCCCCCGCUCAUGACGAAAUCAAGCUCACCCAGGAGGGGCGGCGCUCUCCGCCGUGCUUCCAGCCAAGCGACGCCCCCAGGCAGGGAGAUGGCCGGAGAACGGACGCCACCAGCACGGCGCCGAGAGGAUCGGAGACCCGUUACCCCGAGAUGGAGAGCAGCAACAGCCAGUGUUCCCCCCGCUGGGCAGGGGAACCGCUCCACCGCGCUCAGACCUGCUCCGGUUCCCCCGCCGAACUCCCUCUGCAAACGGACACCAGCUCGUCUCCCGCUCCGCUCCACGUUGCCAACAACAACAACAAUAACAACAACAACAAAAGCAGCAUCGUCGCUCUGCAAAGCCGCCAGCGCCGAGGCCGCUGCCGAAAGGUCAAAGAAAAGAAGUCUACGCUGAGAAUUGCAGGCGGGAAAAACUCCCAGAACCGAAAAGUAACCGACUACUAUCCGAUAAGACGAAGCUCGAGAAAGAGUCAAACAGAGCUCAAGUGUGAAGAAAAGAGGCUCAUCGACGAUCUCAUCACAAAGGGAAUAGAAGAAGGAAUGGAGGUGCAGCACAUAGAAGGAAAGGGCAGAGCGGUGUUCGCCACGCGCUGUUUCCAGAAGGGCGAGUACGUGGUGGAGUACCACGGCGACCUGCUGCAGAUCACCGACGCCAAAACCCGGGAGGCCGAGUACGCCGAGGACCCCGCCACCGGCUGCUACAUGUACUACUUCCAGUACCUCGGCAAGACGUACUGCGUGGACGCCACGAGGGAGAGCGAGCGGAAGGGCCGCCUCAUCAACCACAGCAAGAACGGGAACUGCCAAACCAAACUGCACGACAUCGACGGCGUGCCCCACCUCGUCCUCGUGGCCUCCCGCCGCGUGGACGAGGGCGAGGAGCUGCUCUACGACUACGGCGACCGCAGUAAGGCCUCCAUCGACGCCCACCCGUGGCUCAAACACUGACCCCGCCCCCCCCCCGACCACGUAGGAGAGCGAAGGGGGCGUGUGCUUGUUAUUUAUUGGUUGUUUUGCAGCACAUUUCGUGCGUCCGACGCUCCUCCAGCUGGUCGUUUUUUAUACUUUUAUCCCAAUAGGUCGUUGGGAUCCCAGCAAUACUCCCGGGGGGCCCCGGGGGCCGUCGUCUUUCCUUUCUUUUCCAGGAGGAAUCAGCGAGAACGACGAGAUGCAAAUUAUGAAUAUAAUCAGUUUGUGGUUGAGCGCCGUGUGGUCGUGGUUCAUGUUUUGGGUCUUGAUCACAUGAAAGAAUUCAUGUUGAAAACACUCACUUUGAGGAAUAAACUAGUCCAAUACAAACAAAGAAAGUUUUUUUUUUUUAACAAUAUUGUAUUUUUGUAACAUUUAAAGUUGUCCGAUAGCUGCAGCACAUGAACGUUUGUUAGGUACAUAUCUACUAACAUUAAACGGUUUCUCCACAUGUCGACAAGAUCUUGUCAAACCUCCAUUUUAAUCUCAACACACUUAAUACUGCACUGUGUAAAUAUAUUUAUGUAGUUUGGUGUUUUCUUUUCAUACACGUAUUUAAAUAUCAAAGCUAAUUAAUCUGCAAAAUGGCCUUUAAAGUAGCCAAAUCUAAAUUUUCUUUUUUUUUUAAACAUUUAAACCGUAAACUUAAUUUUAGCGUAUUGGGAAGGAAUGUUUCAUUUUAUCUGGCUGGUUUAUGGCGGAAGAAGAAAUUCUACAUUUAACGUUAAGUUCUAUGGGCGGUUUUAGUUUUACACGUUUUUUAUCACAAGUGACCAAAUAAUAAAACGGUUCCAGCCUUGUGUUGGUUUGACAACACAUUCAUUAGCUUAGCAUUGUAGCCUAGCUGGUAAAAAUCAGCCGUGUUUAAAGUCUCAUUGUGUUCUCUCAGGACAGGCUAGCUGUUUCCCCCUGUUUCCAGUCUUUGUGCUAAGCUAAGCUAACGGUCUGCUGGCUCUGACUUGAGUCAAACUCUUCCUUUAACAGACAAAGUAAAACUAAACGGUUCAAAGCGUCUGCUGGUAUCUUCUCCCAGAAUGCAUUGCAGCCGUGUCUUUGGUGAACUCUGUAUAUCUCUGCAGGUUUUACACACUAUUGUUCCAUGUGAAAGUAUUUGAACCUUUCUGCAGGUCGUUUUGUAUUUUAGUAUUUUUCUUUCCAAAUGGAGUUUCCAUGAAUUGUAGCCUCAAGAAAUCUACCCAAUAUUGUUAUAUGAUUAUGCAGUUUCCCUUAGUUUGCAGCCUUAACAAACUACUUCCUGUAGCUGCACGUUCAAAUUCAUCCGACAGUAUCGAUCUUCUCAUCAAGUCUCAGAAAGAAGAAGCGUAUUUCCCCAAAUGUUUUUUUUAAGCAUCAUUCAUUUUCAUUACAUUUAAUCACAAUUAUGCAUAAAAUCCAGGAUUUGAAAGGUCAGACAUCAUCUGUGUAGCUGCUCAGGUUGUACACGUUUUCCACGAAAGUGUUCAAGAGAAUCAUAAACGGGACUUUGUUAAAUAAAACCCCAAAUACUUCAG